AUGUCCUCGUCGCUCGGCAACUUCGGUAGUGGCGAUGGCGGUGGUCCAGGUGGCGGUGCCGCCCCUCAAUUCUACUUCUGCCACCAAUGCAAUCGUACUGUCACCUUAACCCCUUUGCCAUCCUCCGACCUCCUUUGCCCCCUAUGCAACGGUGGCUUCAUAGAAGAAUCCGAACCCAACCCACCAAACACUCACCCUAACCCUAACCCUAACCCUAACCCAUUCCUUCCCUUCUCCUCCGACAAUUUCCCCGGCUUCCCUAUGGUCUUCUCUACCACCUCCCCUGGCGGUGGCACCGGUGGCGGAAUGGAUGAUUUCUCUACUCUUUUUGGCGGUCCCACCAACCGAUGGGUCGGUCCCAACGAAUAUAACCCGUUUGCAGUUCUACAGAACUAUUUCAACACCCUUCGAGCCAGUGGGGCCAACAUUCUCGUCAUCGAGGGGAACCCUUCAGUCGCCGGCGGCGAUUCCAUGGGGUUUCAGCUUCCGACCAACCUCGGCGACUACUUCGUCGGACCGGGGCUGGAGCAACUGAUUCAACAAUUGGCUGAAAACGAUCCGAAUAGAUACGGGACUCCUCCGGCUUCAAAGUCUGUAAUUGAAGGGCUUCCGAAUAUAAAGAUCACACAGGAAUUGUUGGCAUCGGAUUCCUCACAAUGUGCUGUUUGUAAAGAUGGUUUUGAAAUUCACGAGGAGGUCAAACAAAUUCCUUGUAGACAUAUAUACCAUAAGGAUUGCAUUACACCAUGGUUAGAGUUGCAUAAUUCUUGUCCAGUUUGUCGGCAUGAAUUGCCGACAGAUGAUAUGGAUUACCAGAAUCGAACUCGAGGAACUCAGCAGAUGGGAAGUGGUGUUGGUAGUGGUAAUUCAGGUCCGGGGUGGGUGGGCAGAGGUGGUGGUAGUGGUAAUUCAGGUACUGGUGUUGGUGGAGGGGGUUCUCAGGAGAAUUCUCCUCCGAUGUCAAGGACGGUGGAACGUAGGUUUAGGCUACCAUUGCCUGGCCGUUUAGGGCAUUUGGGUCGCCUGCAGAGACGAGCAAUAGCAGAGCUGCUGGGAAUGAUGGUGUGA